CCUCGCCUCUGCUCUGAAGGUGACUUGCUCUAACGGGGAGAUCAGGGUUACUUUUGAUUUUUUUUUUAGUUGCCUGACAGCGAAACAGAAAGUCAACAGUAUGAGAGAAUUCCUUACGAUUUGUUUCUAUUUCCUUUCGAUUCGUGGGACAAGUGAUGUAGUAGUUGGGCAGGAGGAACCGAACGGGCUGUGGAGGCAGAUGAUCCGAUGGGAAAAUAACGGGCACGUAUACAGCUUACUGAACAGCGGCACGGCUUACCGCCCAGCCGCCCACCACAGCAGGGCGGAGAAACAGAGUGUCUACCUGAGCAGUGAUGGGGAAAGCAGACAGGGAGCCAGCGGCAGGUCUGCCCGCCAUCCUGGCCCCUUUGGGACCCGCCAAUCCCGUGGACCCGGGAGGACGGCGGCAACCGGGCAGCUCCCCCUCGGUGUCAAUCUGACCCGGAGGAUCCCCCGGGUUCGCAGCCCGCUUACCGAGGGAGGGAAUCCCCCCAGCCGGGGCAGCGGCCCCCUCGCACCCGAGGGCAACCCCGGCGCUGGUGUGUCCCCCGGCGGCGGCUUUAGCCCCAGAUCCCCGGGGCCGGAGGAGCCAGCCGCCGGCAGUUCGGCUGAAAUGCAGGGGGACGACCCGCGGAAUCCCUUCAAGAACCGGAACAGCGUGUUUUACAACGUCUACUCCUCAUCCUCACGCUCAGCCCAGCCCGUGGUCCGCAGGAGAAUUAUUGGGCAUGGGACCAGGUACUUCCAAAACGGGCUUCCUGACUUGAUUCCUGAUCCGUAUUACAUUCAAGCUUCCAUGUAUAUCCAAAGGGUGCAUAUGUACGCACUGAGAUGUGCAGCUGAGGAGAACUGUCUCUCAAGGUCUGCCUAUAGUCCUAGAACAAGUGACCUCAGCAUUAGGGUGCUUCUACGGUUUCCUCAAAGAGUCAAAAAUCAAGGGACAGCUGACUUCCUCCCAAACAGGCCACGCCAUACCUGGGAAUGGCAUAGUUGUCACCAGCACUAUCACAGUAUGGAUCAGUUUAGCCAUUACGAUCUGUUACAGGCCACCACACAGAGGAAAGUAGCUGAAGGACACAAAGCUAGCUUUUGUCUAGAAGAUACUGUGUGUGACCCUGGCUUCCAAAGGAGAUACGCAUGCACAGCACAUACUCAGGGAUUAGGUCCUGGUUGUUACGAUACAUACAAUGCAGAUAUUGACUGCCAGUGGAUUGAUAUAACAGACGUCGUUCCCGGCAACUAUGUAUUGAAGGUUUCAGUGAAUCCAGGAUUCCUGGUUGCAGAGUCAGAUAUGACAAACAAUGUUGUCAGGUGUGAUAUUCUGUAUACGGGGAGCUAUGUGUCAGCCAGGAACUGCAGAAUUACAAGAUUCUAAGGUUGGGAAACCCGAGUGCCACAUGAUGAAUUGCUGGAUUCCAUAGCUGGUCAGAAGUGUGUGUACUCUCCAGUUUUUUGCUUUAGUUUUGUGAUUGCAUUUAAUAGCUUUGUGGAGAAAGUCAGUGAUUUUAGUUCUGCUUUAGGCCCACAACAUAGUGUUGUCAAUUUAGAAUAAUCUUUGCACAUCUGCAGGGAAUUUGGUGAUAAUUCUAAUACAAAUUUGCAGGCUCCAUGAUCGACAUUUCUGCCCUUCACUUCCUCUCCCUCAUUUCCUCCCCUCUCCUUCCCUAUAUAGUUCUCCCUGAAGCAGGGUGCUGCUAAAGUGAGAGCGAGACCUGACUCAACAUACUUCUUGCUGAGUUAUGGGAAAUAUGGUUUUGCUGGAAUUAUCAGUUAAAUACAUCUUUCUCCAAUUUUGAUAUGUAGUUCCUGGAAAAUCUUGUAGAUUGUAGGACAAUUAGGGAAGACAGUUCAAGAUUAUCUCUAAAGAGAUAGGUUAAUAAUCAAAUAUGAAGGAUAAGAUCUGCGAAAAAUCUCAGGACACUGCAACAGAUAUGGUUAGAAAACAGAAGGAGGCCUUUCAGCCAGUCGUGUCCAUAUCAGUUCUCUGCAAGAGCAACUCACCUAGUCCCACUCCUCUGUCUUUUCCCUGCUGCCCUGCACAUCUUUUCUCUUCAGAUAGUUAUCCAAUUCUCUUUUGAAAGUCUUCAUUGAGUCUGCCUUCAAUCCCAGGCAGUGCAUUCCAGACCUGCAAUGGUUCAAGGUAGCUCACUACCACCUUCUCAAGGGCAACUAGGGAUGCGCAAUAAAUGUUGACCCAUCUAGUGAAGCCCACAUCCCAUGAAUGAAUUAAUAAAAAAAAUCCUAGCCCCUCAAUGUAUAAAAAAGUUUUUCCUCUUGUUGGUGCUUUUUUUUCCAAUCAUUUUCAUUCUUUGGUUCUCAAUCCCUCUGACAACUUUCUCCUGAUCUUCUUUGUUCAGACCUCACAUGAUUUUCAACACUUCUAUUAAAUCUCCUAAUUUUCUCUUCUCCAAGGAGAAUAGCCCCAGCUUCUCCAAUCUACCCAUGUAACUGAAGUCACUCAUGGAGCCAUUCUCGUGAAUCUUUUUUGCACCCUGUCUAAUGGUUUCACAUUCUUCCUGAAGUGUGUUGCCUAAAACUAAACAAAAUACUCCAGUUGAGACCAAAUCACCUAGUGGCUCUUCUUAUGAGUGUCCAAGAGAGAUGGUGAUAACACCACAGCCUGUCCAAGAAGAUCUAAUAAUCUAUUUUUAGCAGUACAAGGCCAUUUGGUCUGCGCCAUUGUUCUCCUUGAAACUUGGUGGCACUUGGAAUCAGGAGCUCACUGUAAAAGGAAUAGCAAGUGCAUCACUGCAUCUCAAAGUAACUGAACUUGAUUCCCCGAUUGUGUUUUCCCCAUGCAGUGAGCUCUUAGUUUUAAAUGUGAUACCCAUGGCAGCUGUUGAAUGGAGGCUAGGACCUUCCUGCAGGCAGGAACUAUGGAACUGAGCUAUAUGCAUGAUCGGUUUAAGAAGAUAAGAAUUUUUAAGAAUGUGUUUUAUUGUGCACUAUGUUGAAAUAUUUCUGUCAGGGCUUUGAAUAUCCUCAACUUAACACCCAAUUACAAUUUCUUUAUACCAAGCAUUCAAUAUUGUAUUUGGAGUCCUACAUUUAACUCUAUGAAUCAAGCAUUACACAAUCCUUCUUCCACUCAUGGGAAGAACAGGAAGAUCUAAAUAAUGUUCUUGGACAGGUUGUGGUGAAACUUCCGCCACUGAAGGACACUGGUAAUAAGAGCCAUUUGAUGUUGCAGUGUUCUGAAAUGAUUCCCAGAUCCCUUCUUUCUGUGCUGUCUGUUUGUCAAUUUAGAAGUAUUUUCUCCCUUACUCCUAUAAUUUUGAAGCUUUUAAAACCCAAGGUUUUUGUCACUUUAGUGAUUUAUCUCAUCUUUGCUUGCAUGCCUUGCAUUACAGACUUUCACCUUUUACCUGGGCUUUUCAAUUUAAACAAAUUUAUAUAUUAGCUGAUUUUCUAUUGGACAAUCCACACUCAAUAAGUUUUAUAUGAAUAUCCUUUAUAUAUAAUGUAUUUCAGAAACAAAAUCAAAAUUCUUUGAGCCUUUAGUCCAAACACAUUGAGAUUUAAAGAACUCAGCCACUUCAUAUUUUUACUAUUGCUUCCAUGACUAGGAUGUUGAACUUGGAGCAGGGAACAUGGUUUUAACAAGAUGGAGUCUCAAGUGAAAUUAGAAGAAACUUUGAGCAGUGGAUCUGGUACAGGCUUAUAGCAGAAUUCUGAUUUUUUUCAGAAGAAGCAGGAUCAAUAUUAGGGAAUGAGAUUGAUGGUUAGAGGAUAAAUUUAGGCUGAGAUAAUGGGCACACAAUGAAUCUUUCUUUGCUGAAAUAACUCAUUACACCUCCAAGGUUUGUGGGAGCACUCUGAGAUGCAUUUAAAGAUCUGAAAAGUCGCCUUUGACUAUGGUAUAAAGGAUGUUAGUGCAUGCUCUAGCAUGACAGGCAAUAGGGAUCCAUUCUGUGAUAGAAAAUUAUAAAAUGCAGUCUGUUUUAAUGUAGAAUUACUAUUGGCAAGAUGUUAAAGCGAAUAGAAUAUAUUGAAAGGGCCAGGGAAGGGUGAGAGGCUUUGCAUUUUAACAACAUUAAACAUGAUUAGCUAUCAAAACAAAUGUCCUCUCAUUUUUUUAGCCAGAGUUUGCUUAUUUUCUACUGAAACAGUUCGGUCCCCAGACAUGGAUUUAUUUUUGUAAGGAGUCUUUUGUUGAAUUUUAUUUUUAAUUUUGCUGUGUGAGUUCAACAAUAAACUGAGACUUCAAAUGUUUGAAGGCCACAGUUAUGUUUGCACUAAGAGCAGAGGUCUGCACUGAGCUCCCACUGUUCAAGAACACAAGUAAGCAUGAGUCAGAUGGGAAGAAACAAUAAAAAGGUUCAGAAUUUCACAUUUUGAAAGCCCAGUCACGUUAAUUGGAAAAAUAUUACAUAUGGGUGCCAAAAAAGAAAUUGCAGAGAAAGUAUUGACUAGGAAAUAUAUUUUUGACUAAAUUUUGGGAAAGAAGUCUGAAUAUUUCAAACUUCCUUGAUGCCUUGAGAGCUAGCUCCAAAAGUUUAUCGAAACCCUGUAUGGUGUGGUCCACUCUUGCCAAAUUAUUCAAGAGCUCCUAUUAAAGUUGCUUUAUACUUUUAAUGGAGCUUUUUAAGGUCAACUAUUCAGUGAACUUUCAACUUUAUAUUAUAGGAUGAUUUGCAACAUAUUCAUAGUUGGCUUGCUUUAUUUCUCCAUCCCACAGUUAUUACGAAUAAGGCAUAUCCUCUGACUUGCUUUGACAAUACUAUGGGAGAUUUGCUGGUAUUCUAAAAUUAAUCCAGUUAGAUAUGUUACUCCCAGCAGCAAUAUCCAAUAUUGGGUCUCCUUCACGUCAAGUUGGUUCCAAGACCUUGUACAAGCAGUUUAGUUAGCUGGGGCUCAAGAAGCUCCAAAUCAGUGUUCGGGUCAGUUUGAAGAUCUGGCUCCCAUUAAAUGAAUGGAACCAAACUAGGACUCCUUGCUACUUGGAGAGAAAGAGACCUGACAUAUCCAUGUACCUCAGAGGGAUAUAGAUGCUCGGUAGAAGAGUAUAUUAGAGACUGAGAUUGGUAGAUUUGGGCACUAUGGGAAUCAAGGAAUAUGGGGAUAGAGCGGGAAUGGCUGAGCAGGCUUGAUGUGCUGUAUGACCUCCUCUUGCUCUUAUUUCUUAUGUUCUUGUAGCAGUGCUGGCAAUCAAACACCUUUCCAUUUUAUGAUAAAAGCCCAUAUUGUGCUAGUGUGAUAUUUUUUAUUUCCCACACAAGCAAUACUGUGGUAUCUGAAUGAGAUUGCAAACUAAAUGUCAAAUUUGUGCAGCCUUUAGGAUUUGGGUUGAGACAGCUCCAAUUCAUUUCACAUAGGCCCUUUACAGACAACAGACAGGAGACUUUCAUCCCAUUAGUUUGGGCUGGUUUUGGAUCUAGACCCCAGAGGAAAAAGGCCAGUUUCCCAUCUGAUGAACACCAUAUUCCCCAAAAAAUUGUGUUAUGAAUAUUGAAAAAUAUUUUAGACAAAAACAACUUAUACCUUACUCUUUAAAUUUCUGCACUGCUAUUCAACCUGGCAUGACCAGUUUAUUGCAGGCAGCUAAAGCAGAGACUUGAGGUUUCUUGAAGCUUUUUGUACGUUAAAAAAAAAUACCUUGGAGGAUCUAAUGUUUCUCCCCCUAGGUUUUUGAACUUGAUAUGGUGUGAUUUUUAAGCCGCUUUUUCUUAUUUUUAUGUAUUAGUAUGAAAAAAUUGUUUGUACAAAUAUGAUUAAUUCUGUAGAAUAAAAACAUUCAGAGAAA